AUGGCAGCACCCACCCUCACCGUGGAUAUCUCGUCGCUGCUCAAGCCGAACGACGAGGACGACGGCCAGUCGACGAGCUCUCCCGCCUCGGUAUCUCGGUCAGAGUCGGUGCCGUCGAGCGUGGCCACCAGCGUGGCUCCUCUGCCACCCCCCCAGCCGCGGUCGGCUGUGCCGGCAAAGCGACUGUCUUCGAGCCUGGACCACCCCCUCCAGUCCCCGGCGAAGAAGCAGUCCAAGUGGUCGCCCGAGGAAGAUGCCAAAAUCAUCCAGCUCCGCCAGGAUGGUAUGAAAUGGGAGGACAUCAGCAAGCACCUGCCCGGCCGCAGUGCCAUUAGCUGUAGGCUGCAUUAUCAGAAUUACCUGGAGCGCCGGAGCGAGUGGGACGAGGACCGUAAAAAUAAGCUUGCCAGGUUGUACGAGAGGUUUCGAGCGGACAUGUGGGCACGCGUUGCCGAAGAGAUGGCCAUGCCGUGGCGAGCCGUCGAGGCCAUGCAUUGGCAGAUGGGCGAGCAUGAGAUGGCGAAGCGGGCUGGUGUGACGCCCUUCUCCCUCGCCAACCCGACGAGCGGCCUCGAGUCUGCUGCAAUGCCGCCCCGACCACCCCUGCGGCACGUGGGACCGCCGCCACGCGCCUUGCGACGAGAGUCGAUGCCUCCCGAGACGAGCUUGCAAGGCCCUCAGCAGCUGCCCUCGCUCGCGGAAUUGACAGCUGGACUUCCCGCAUUUUCUGCACCACCUUACCACACCUCAGAUCCCUUUCACCACCUGUACAACCACCCACGAGGCCGGAAUGCUCCUUUUCGGUAA